AGUAAAACACAUGUUCCGUAAAAAGGUGAAAGCAUCUUGGAUUAGUGCGUGAAAGUUGAGGAUGGAGAAAGGCGAUCAUGUUGGUGAAAAUGGUGGAUACGUAAAUAAGGGAUUGGAACUGGAGGUGACUGUCGGUGAGAAACCCAAUACUGCCCCAAUCGUCGAUGACGAUGGCAAUCGACGCCAUCCAGAGGUUGAGGUUCCCGAGCACGUUGUGGUGGAAUCGUAUGGGGACGAGUCCAUACCGAAAUCUACAGCCUAUGCGUCGGUAGCGAUUCUCUUGUGUAUUAACCUCCUCAACUACAUGGACAGAUAUACAGUUGCAGGUGUACUUAAAGAUAUCCAAGACUUCUACAAUCUGGAGAACUCCGAGGAUGGACUCAUACAGACAGUCUUUGUAUUAACAUAUAUGGUAUUUUCCCCAAUAUUUGGUUUCCUUGGUGAUAGAUAUACGAGAAAAUACAUCAUGGCUGGAGGUAUAUUUUUCUGGUCGGUCGUAACUUUGGCUGGAUCUAUGGUACCUAGAGAUCAUUUUUAUGGCUUUGCGAUAAUGCGAGCAUUAGUUGGUAUAGGAGAGGCAAGUUAUUCUACUAUCGCCCCAACAAUUAUAGCAGAUCUGUUCACUGGAGGUAUGAGGUCCAGAAUGCUCAUGGUAUUUUACUUCGCCAUUCCAGUUGGAAGUGGCUUGGGCUACAUCGUGGGGUCCAACGUAGCUAAAGCUUUAGGGGCCUGGCAAUGGGCUUUACGGGUGACCCCCGUACUGGGUGUGGUAUGUGUGAUUUUGAUCCUAGUGGUACUAAAGGAGCCGAAGCGAGGGAUGUCUGAGGGAGGAGUCACUCUCCACAACACAAGCUACAUCACAGAUCUCAAGGAGGUUAUCAAAAUACCAAGUUUUGUGUUGUCAACAAUAGGAUUUACCUGUGUAGCAUUCACUACCGGUGCCCUGGCACUGUGGGCGCCUCUCUUCAUGUACGACUCCAUUAAAUCUCAGGGCAAUGAGGCCACACAAGCUGGCGUGGCUUUCACCUUCGGAAUAAUAACUGUGGUAGCUGGAUUUGUGGGUGUGGCGUUAGGGGCAGAGGUUUCUCGGCGCUACAAAAAGAUAAAUCCACGUGCAGAUCCACUGGUGUGUGCCUUUGGCCUUCUGACGUGUGUGCCAUUCCUUUUCUUCGCCCUCGUACUGUCUGAAUGGUACACAGUUCCAACAUGGAUCCUGAUUUUCCUAGGAGAGACAAUGUUAUGUUUGAACUGGUCCAUUAUUGCUGAUAUGUUAUUGUAUGUUGUAAUACCUACACGGAGGUCGACGGCCGAAUCAGUACAGAUUCUGUUCUCACAUGCUCUUGGUGACGCUGGCAGUCCAUACAUUGUAGGAUUGGUGUCGGAAGUUCUAUCCAAGCAUUACAAUGCUCCAGCGAGUUCCCCCUAUGUACAGUUUAAGACAUUACAGACGGCCCUCUAUAUCACUCCCUUUAUCUGUGUCCUCGGAGGAGGUUUCUUCUUGGCCACCGCACUCUUCAUCGAAAAGGACAAAAAUAACGCUUCAAAAAUCACACACGGACAAGCAUCUAUACAGGAAGCUGGAGAUACAGACAGUUACAACGACCCUAUCAUUCUCAGGUCUGAAGAUGCUGAACGGCUUGACAACCAAGUGCCUUCCACUAUAAUCUACAUAUAUGAAUAAGAAGGAAGCCAAAAAUGGAGGGAUAAGUCUGAAGUCCAUUGCUGGUGAGGAUGAGGAGUUUGAUUUCACAGCCAAUGGCGGAACAGAGAUGUAAAGGUUAUAUAGUCAGGUGACACAGAAGGGCGAUGUACACUUCUCGUCAGUGGAUGUUGACUUCUGAGCAAUCCCUCAAAUAGUCAACUAUUGAGGGUCAUUGUCCCUGGAUAAUGACCUAACAGGGGUCAUUUCCUGUGAAUUCUGACCUAACCAGGGGCCAAUUUCCCCUUGAACUCUGACCUUACCAUGUAGGGUGUCAAUUUCCCCCUGAACACUGGCCUAAUCAGGUGGCCAUACCCUGUGAACUUUUGAUAGAUUACUACCAGCCAUUCUGAAGUUCUCUUAAAUAUUGUGAUCAUUGCGAGAGAGCUUUUAAAUUAGCUAUAUAUUGAAAUCACUGGACUAUAGAGGAAUUUUGACCAUAGAUCAUGAAGACCAAUGUUCACCAGUUACCGGCAAAUAUUGUGAAUUCUAUAUUCCAUCAUCACUUCACCACCAAACGAUAUUCUUCUGUAGACAACACCAGACAUCCACACCUCAACCAGGACUUCUCGUGUUCCCCAUGAACUGGACAAAUUGUCUGUUUCUAUGUAGUUCAGUGUCGAUGAACAAGCUGUGAUAAUAGCACCAGACCCGGACAUCAAGAUACAUCGUUUAUGUUAGAAUUAUUCUGUUUGUUGUCACUGCGUUAGUGACAUUCCUGUCCACUUACAAUGAUAUGCAGAUAUUGUAUUCAGUUAUUGUGUCAGAAAUAACUGAGAAAAUGUUUUGUUGACAAAUGAAUCCUGUUUAUCAUUUUAUUGCUCCAGGACAGGUUAUUUAAAAUUUGAUUUUGACAGUGAGGUCACAUGUUCUUUAAAGAAAUAAUUUCACAACAGUUAAUAAAACAGUAAAACAGGAACAUACUCAUUCAUAAUACAUAAAAUAAUAAAUGGAGAGCAGCUGUCUGUAGUACUCGGCUGUCUGUAGUACUCGGCUGUCUGUAAUACUCGGCUGUCUGUAAUACUCGGCUGUCUGUAGUACUCGGCUGUCUGUAGUACUCAGCUGUCUGUAAUACUCGGCUGUCUGUAAUACUCGGCUGUCUGUAGUACUCGGCUGUCUGUAAUACUCGGCUGUCUGUAAUACUCGGCUGUCUGUAGUACUCGGCUGUCUGUAGUACUCAGCUGUCUGUAAUACUCGGCUGUCUGUAAUACUGUCUGUAAUACUCGGCUGUCUGUAGUACUCGGCUGUCUGUAAUACUCGACUGUCUGUAGUACUGUCUGUAGUACUGUCUGUAAUACUGUCUGUAAUACUCGGCUGUCUGUAGUACUCGGCUGUCUGUAAUACUCGACUGUCUGUAGUACUGUCUGUAGUACUGUCUGUAGUACUCGGCUGUCUGUAGUCGUACUCGGCUGUCUGUAGUACUCGGCUGUCUGUAGUACUCGACUGUAUGUAGUACUCGGUUGUCUGUAGUAGUACUCGGCUGUCUGUAGUACUCGGCCAUCUCUAGUACUCGGCUGUCAGUAGUACUCGGCUGUCAGUAGUACUCGGCUGUCUGUAGUACUCAGCUGUCUGUAGUAGUACUCGGCUGUCUGUAGUACUCGGCUGUCUGUAGUAGUACUCGGCUGUCUGUAGUACUCGGCUGUCUGUAGUACUCGGCUGUCUGUAGUAGUACUCGGCUGUCUGUAGUACUCGGCUGUCAGUAGUAGUACUCGGCUGUCUGUAGUACUCGGCUGUCAGUAGUACUCGACAGUCUGUAGUAGUACUCAGCUGUCAGUAGUACUCGACAGUCUGUAGUAGUACUCGGCUGUCUGUAGUAGUACUCGGCUGUCUGUAGUAAUACUCGGCUGUCUGUAGUAGUACUCCGCUGUCUGUAGUACUCGACAGUCUGUAGUACUCGGCUGUCUGUAGUAAUACUCGGCUGUCAGUAGUACUCGGCUGUCUGUAGUACUCGGCUGUCUGUAGUACUCUGCUGUCUGUAGUACUCGGCUGUCUGUAGUAGUACUCGGUUGUCUCUAGUACUCGGCUGUCUGUAGUAGUACUCGGCUGUCUGCAGUACUCGGCUGUCUGUAGUAAUACUCGGCUGUCUGUAGUACUAGGCUGUCUGUAGUACUAGGCUGUCAGUAGUCAAUGCUAGGUGCCAGGUGAGGAUACAAAAGUGGUGAAAUACUGCGUGAAAGACAGUAUUUUUGUAAAACAAAUUUAUUUCUUGUGUGUCGGAUAAAAUGAUCAUUUGUUUAUACAAAAAAAUUAACUUAUUUAUUACAAUUAUAUACCAUGCAUAGUGCUUUAUAAACUGAGAUUAUCAAUUUGUUUACUAAACAUCGUUUUUCAUUUGUCCUGUUAAUGUUUUCAUUCUUGGAGAUAUUUUUGUUUAACAUUUCAUCGUUAUGUCAGCUAAGAAUGAAGGUGUUUAACAUUUCAUCGUUAUGUCAGCUAAGAAUGAAGGUGUUUAACAUUUCAUUGUUAUGUCAGUUUAUAAUUAGAAUGAAGACGUUUAACGUAUCAUCAUCAUGUCAGUUUAGAAUGAAGGUGUUUAACGUAUUAUCGUCAUGUCAGUUUAGAAUGAAGAUGUUUCACGUAUCAUCGUUAUGUCAGUUUAGAAUGAAGAUGUUUGUUCAAAUCAUCCAGUGCUAGUUUGGUAUUAUAAAUAUUUGUUAUAUCCUUCAAUGUAGAAACACUAUGUGAAAACUGAAGUUUGUAAGAUGUCAUAAAAGACUAAUUCCUCAGAGUGCAAAGCUUACAAAAUUAAUCUUUCAUGACAUUGUACUGUUUGUUCAAAAUACAUUCUUUGUUUACUUUGUUUGGAAGUCCUUUCUUUCAAAGACAUUAAAACCUUUUUUAUCAGGGGCCGCGGUGGCCGAGUGGUUAAGGUGCCCCGACACUUUAUUACUAUAGCCCUCCACCUCUGGGUUGCGAGAGUUCGAAACCUACGUGGGGUAGUU